UUCAAGACUCGUUGCGCUCAAUGCCAUACAGUCGAAGCAGGAGGUUCCAAUAAAGUAGGACCAAAUCUUCAUGGUUUAUUUGGUCGUAAAUCCGGUACAGUGGCAGGAUUUUCAUAUACUGCUGCUAAUCAAAACAAGGGAGUAAUUUGGAAAGAAGAUACUUUAUUUGAUUACCUCGAAAACCCGAAAAAAUAUAUUCCUGGUACAAAGAUGGCAUUUGCCGGGUUUAAAAAGGAAAAAGAACGUAACGAUGUUAUCGCUUACUUGAAAGAUUGUACAAAAUAA